GGGCUUCUCCUUUCCUCUCCUCCCCUCAUUACUGUGACGUCAUUACCGGCCAGAGACGCACGUGGAUUGCCGGCGCACGCAUCUUUCUGUGACUUCAUGAAAGGAAGGUCGUAGGAAAAAGUUCAUGUGGUUACUAUCUCAGCUGAGAGAAAAUAGUGAGAAAUGAAUUUUCCUUAAAAAUUAGUUAAGCGCUUGCCAAAUUUAAGCUAUUUAAAACCAAUAAGUUAGCAAUUCUAUCAUUUCAAAGAGAAUUGUUUCACGUAAAUUGCUACAAAUUUUAAAUUCUUAUACGCCCUUGGAAAAAAUAAAUGUGAAACAUGGUAGUUAAGGACAGUGAUUCACCUUCAGCCAUGCCUUGUGAAACAACAUUAAAUGGACAUGCAGCAAAUGGAAAUUCUGAGGAAAAGUUCAAUGACAUCAGCAAAAAAUUAAAAGCUUUAGCUGAGACACCUCUCUCUCCAUAUUCUUUACCAAAGGACAAUAACUGCUCUAUUAAAACUGAACUGGACUCUGUAGAGAAAUCAAAUACUGCUCAAAACUCCGACUCUCCUGAGUCAGAAAGUGAUCUCCCCACUGAUAAAAAGAAUGACUCUGCUCAGGAUUCAGGAAAAGAUCAAGAAUUUGUGUUUAUCCACGAUGCUGGAUAUGCUGUAAAGAUUGUUGCUCCUGGAGUAGAGCCAUUUGAUAUUCAGGUGAGCUCUACAGAAUUGGUUCAGGAAAUUCAUCAAAUGCUAAUGGAUAGAGAGGAGACUUGCCAUAGAACAUGCUUCUCUUUACAGUUGGAUGGCGUAACCAUGGACAAUUUUGCUGAACUUAAAACAAUUGAAGGGUUAGGAGAAGGAUCUAUUAUUAAAGUUAAUGAAGAACCAUAUACUGUCAGAGAAGCUAGAAUUCAUGUAAGACAUAUUAGAGAUCUCCUAAAAUCUUUAGAUCCAGCUGAUGCAUAUAAUGGUGCAGAAUGCAGCUCAUUUUCGUUCCUAAACACUGUUACACAAGGUGACAUUUUAGAAAAGAAAAAAAGUCGUCCCGAUUCAGUUGAUUGUACACCAUUAGAUUACAUCUUGCCUGGCUCUUCUGAACUUCCUUUAUUACCAUUACAGCCUUAUUCCAAAGAUCUCAAAAUUACUCCUGCCAUAAAAGUACUGACAAUAAGUGGUUGGAAUCCUCCCCCUGGCAUACGAAAGCUGCGUGGUGACUUACUUUACUUAUACGUUGUUACUGCUGAAGACAAAAGGCUUCAUCUUACAGCAUCUACUCGUGGCUUCUACAUAAAUCAAACCACAGAUGAAGAGUUCAAUCCAAAACCUGCCACCCCCAAGCUAAUAUUCCAUUCACUUGCAGAUUUAUUGGGACAGGUCAGUCCGACGUUUAAGAGAAACUUUAAUUUAAUACAAAAGAAGAGAACACAAAGACAUCCCUUUGAGCGGGUAGCUACGCCCUAUCAAGUUUAUACAUGGGCUGCACCAAAUCUAGAACAUACUAUUGAUUCCAUUCGAGCAGAAGAUGCUUUUUCUGCUAAAUUGGGUUAUGAGGAACAUAUACCUGGUCAGACAAGAGACUGGAAUGAAGAACUUCAAACAACUAGAGAAUUAUCUAGAAAAUCUUUACCAGAACGUCUUAUUCGAGAAAGAGCCAUCUUUAAAGUGCACAGCGACUUUGUUACUGCUGCUACUCGAGGUGCCAUGGCUGUCGUGGAUGGCAAUGUUAUGGCUCUAAAUCCUGGAGAAGAAACAAAAAUGCAGAUGUUUAUUUGGAACAACAUAUUCUUUAGUCUCGGAUUUGAUGUUCGUGAUCAUUAUAAGGAAGUUGGGGGAGAUGCUGCUGCAUUUUCAGCUCCAAAUAAUGAUUUGCAAGGUGUCCGUGCAUAUAAUGCUGUAGAUAUAGAAGGCCUUUAUACCUUGGGUACUGUUGUGAUAGACUAUCGUGGCUAUCGAGUUACGGCCCAAUCAAUUAUUCCAGGUAUUCUUGAACGAGAACAAGAGCAUUCUGUUGUCUAUGGUUCUGUAGAUUUUGGAAAGACUGUUCUUAGUCAUCCUAAAUAUCUGGAAAUGCUCAAUAAAGCUGGACAACCACUGAAAAUUCUUCCACAUUCUGUUUUGAAUGAAAAAGAUGAAGAGGUUGAGCUUUGUUCUUCUGUGGAGUGUAAAGGUAUUAUUGGAAAUGAUGGAAGGCAUUAUAUUUUGGAUCUUUUGAGAACUUUUCCACCUGAUGUUAAUUUCUUAACUCUUGAAGAUGAAGAGUUAUCAAAAGAAGCUCAAACAUUAGGUUUUCCACGUUCUCACAAACAUAAAUUAUGCUGUUUAAGGCAAGAAUUAAUUGAUGCAUUUGUUGAACACAGAUACAUGAUGUUCAUCAAAUUAGCUGCUUUCCAUUUGCAACAAAUUGGGUUAAAGAAUUUGUUUGAGAAGAAGCCAGAAAAAGAAGAUGCCUCUGCACCAAACAUAGAGGAAGUAAAAACUAAUUCUGAUGAAGAGACAGGUGAAAAGAAUAUGUUGAAUGAAGUGCCUACUAUUAAUGAUUCUGAAGAUGGUAAAAUAAAUUUAGAAGCUGAUGAAUAUAAAAAGAUUGUAGAGUCUAUAACAAAUAAAGAUAAAUCUGAAAUUGAUAGUACCAGAGAAGUUAUAAAGAAAUCUGCAAUAGCUGUAGGUUCAUUAAAAGAAACAGAGUUUGAUAUCAGAUUUAAUCCAGAUGUUUACUCACCUGGUGUGAGGCAUCCUAACUCUCAAAGUGAAAAGUUUUUGAAGGAAAAGCAGCUUGUUAAGGAUGCGGCAGAAUUUUUACUAACAAAUCAAAUACCUGGUUUUAUAAGAGACUGUUUGGAUCAUUCGACAUCUCCCAUUGAUGGUGUUACACUUACUGAAGCUUUACAUGGACGAGGAAUCAGUAUUAGAUAUUUAGGUAAGCUUGCUGAAAUGGUUGCCAAAGCACCUCAACUUCAAUACGUUCAUCAAAUCAUUGUGUUAGAACUCAUCACCCGUAGUGCCAAGCAUUUGUUUUCACUUUACAUUCAAGGAGUAGAAACUAUGUUUCUUUCUAAUGCCGUUAGUCACUUCUUAAAUUGCUUUUUAUCAUCGUGUACAUCGCUACCUAACCCUGUUUCAUCUGAUGACCAGUUGCAAGUAAAGUACAAGAAGAAAGGAAAACGAAAGGGGAAACAGAAUCCUUUGCGUUUUGAAGAUAACAACGAAUGGGCUUCACUAACAACUAAAAUGUUUUGGACUAAUUUAAGCAAUGAACUAUUAUCAUACUAUGCUUGGGAACUUCCUUACGAUUCUAUUGAUGCCAUAGUUGAGAAGUUUCAAUUCAGAAAAUUAACAAUUUUACAUUCAUUUUGUGUUAAGACUGGUAUCCAACUGCUGCUUAGAGAAUAUAAUUUUGACCACAGAAAUAAACCUACAUUUACAGAAGAUGAUAUUUUGAAUAUCUUUCCGGUUGUUAAGCACAUUAACCCCAGAGCAACUGAUGCAUAUAACUUUUAUACAACGGGUCAAACAAAAAUUCAACAAGGCUAUUUGAAAGAAGGGUAUGAACUUAUAACAGAGGCCUUAAAUCUACUGAAUAACGUGUAUGGAGCUUUACAUCCUGAAAUAGCACAAUGUCUUCGAAUGUUAGCUAGAUUGAAUUACAUAAUGGGUGACCAUGCUGAGGCUAUGGCAUUCCAGCAAAAAGCUGUACUCAUGAGUGAAAGGGUUAAUGGAAUCGACCAUGCAUAUACAAUCUCUGAAUACACACACCUUGCAUUAUAUUGUUUUGCCAACUCUCAAAUAACUACAGCUUUGAAACUCCUAUAUCGUGCUAGAUAUUUGAGUUUAUUAGUUUGUGGAGAAAAUCAUCCUGAGAUGGCAGUUUUAGAUAGUAAUAUUGGACUAAUUUUACAUGCAGUUGGUGAAUAUGAUUUAUCAUUAAGAUUCCUAGAAAAUGCCUUAAAAUUAAAUAUUAACUAUUAUGGUGGCAAGAGUUUGAAAGUAGCUGUAAGCUAUCACUUAGUAGCCAGGACUCAAUCUUGCAUGGGUGAAUUUAGAGGUGCUUUGCAAAAUGAAAAGGAAACAUAUGCUAUUUAUAAGCAGCAGCUUGGAGAAAAUCAUGAGAAAACCAAAGAAAGUUCUGAAUGUUUACGUCAUUUAACACAGCAGGCUGUGGUAUUACAAAAAAAGAUGAAUGAAAUUUAUAAAGGAAACUCGACUGCUAUUCUUCCACCUAUUCAAAUUCAGCCACCUUCUCUAAGCAGUGUAUUAGAUAUGCUAAAUAUCAUAAAUGGAAUUUUGUUUGUCCAAAUAAGUCAGCAAGAUAUUGACAAUUUUAGAGCUGAAUUUGAGAAAAGGCAACUCAAGGACUCGGACUCUUCCAAACAAUCUGUUGUUAUUACAGAUGAAAGUAACUCGAGCAACCAAAUGACUGAAGAAGACUGUGCAGCAAGAUAAUCUGAAAACGUCCAUUUUACUAUGUAAAGCACAACGAUUAGAUUGCUUUUCUCAUGGUGUGCAAGUUUAUAGGAAAUAGUUUUAUGGAACUGUUUUUUUUAUACGACAAAAAAAAAAGCGUGUAAUACAUCAGGGUGUAUAAAUAAUUUGGCCCUCUUGAGUAAGCUUAAUGAGAAGCAACUGCUAGGUAUAAUGAAAAGCAACUGUAGAUGUUUAUAUAUUUCAGUUAUUUUUAAAGUUUCGUUAUUUUAAUCUCGCAUUUGUAAUUCUUAGAAAGGUGUAACUUUUCUGGUUUGUUGUAUUUGUUAGUACUAUAAAAAUUACUGUGGCAUUUUUAUUGCAUAAAAAUUUUAUUUUCACACAUUAUUUCUUGUUUUUAAAAUAUAUUUAAGCAAUUUUUAUAAAGUAAAGUAACUUUUAGUUUGAUUUGUGCUGUGAAAUGUUAUCGUUCUUGUACAAAGACAAAUGAUUAUUUUUUUUUGUCGAUAAAAUACAAAUGAAUGAAUUAAAUAUAAAACUGAUUGUUAAAUGCGACAUUCAAUCAAAUUCAAAUUAACAAAAUCUAGUCCAUGUGUUCUAAGUUUGUGUUUUAUAUAUAUUUACCAGCAUUGCCUAAAUAAUUUUAAUAUUUCUGUUGGAAAUUUCUCAUACCUGUUAAUUAUAAACUUCUGAAGAAUCUUAUAUUUUUGCACUUUUUCUAAACUAAAUGAAAUGCAUAACAUAUUUUCCAUUUCAGUAAAAUCCGUGCUUAAGCUGUGCCAAACUAUGAAAGGCUGGAUAAAUCAUUUUUACGUAAUCCUUAAUUUUAUUAAUAUUGUUGUGUAUUCUUUUUAUAGUAAUAGAUCAUUUGUGAAAUUAGUCACUUAUACAUUGGUUUAUUUUUGUAGAUUGUGUUUUUGAAAGUGUUUAUGUAGUAUUCAUUUCAUAGUAUGGAUUUUCUUUUUCAUUGACCUCUUGUUUUAUUUAGUUGUCAUUCAUUAGAUGUAUAAUUUGUGUGAUAGAUUGAGGCUUAAAACGUAGGAAUUGAAUAGGUCUUUUAUAGAUUUCUUUAUUUAGUUACUGGAUAUAAAAGUUAUUUGAAAUCAUUAAAGUAUCCUUGGAAAGAGCUUGACGCAAAGCCAUUUAUCAAUUGAAAUGUCUGAUACUUUCAUUUGCUGCCCCUUGCUCAAUAACAUCAUGAAUUCUUUUGAGUGUAUAUUAGUCUUUACAUAUCAUUUUUUUUUUCAGUUAGCAUUUUUUGUUGUUCUAAUAGGUAAAUUUCUGUUAAUUGUGUGCAAUAUAAAAUGUGAUUAUUUGUUUUUUAUGAGGUUUGUUUUACUUAUAUAAAAUUGUCCAUUAGAAACAUUACAUUUUAGAAAUUUUAAAACAUUUGAAAGCAAAAAUAUGAAUUAUUUAAUUAUUUUAUAAAAAUUAAAGAUCUUUUAAGAUAUAUGUAAUUUGGUUUAUUCUAAGCUCUCUUUGGUAAAAAUUGUGGAAAUUUAUAUUUUUAAAAGCUUUUUUUAUUAUAUUUUCUCUUUAUAAAAAUGUAAACUAACUUGGAGGAUUUUUCUAAAUAUUAAUCAAUUUUUUUUAUAAGAUGCAUUACUUUGCUCAAGUUAAUGCUGUUUAGAACACUUAUCUAUGCAUUUAAAACUAAGAUCUAAAAUUCUCUGUACAUUUAUAACCUAGAUGUUUUUAAUCAGAAAAACUUUUUAUAAAAGUUAAAAUAUUUUGUAGUCAUAACAGGAGACAUAAAUUUGUAUUAGGUAUAAUUAGAAUAACUUAAUUUAAGAAAUAGUUGUAGUUAUUAGAUUGGCACAUAGAUUAUAUUUAAGCAGAAUUUAGACAUUUAUGCAGUUCAUAUUUUACUUUCUAAACAACCUCAGCAAUUGUGAACCUCAUACAUAUAUUUCAGUUACAAUUUGGUAGAAAUAUAUUGGAGUUAUAACAAAUAUAAUUGUUAAUUUAAGUUCUUUAAAAUAGUGAUUUACAUUACUUAGUUUAGCUUAAAUCUAGCAGUUUGAUUUUCUAAUAAAUUAAAUUUCUUUUGGACCAAAAACUUCUAACUAAAAAACUUUAUGGUAAAUUAAUAUCAUAAAAUUAUUUUAUUUUAUCUGGCAAAUAAAAAAGUAUCUUUUUAUUUCAGUGAAAAGCUCAUUGUUUAAUUUUUUACAGGCUUACUGAAGGUUUUUUUUAAAAAUAUUAUGCAUUAUUUAUAUACUUAAAAUUAAGCAUGCAUGAACUGUUGAAAUUGAUUUAGAAGUCUAUAAACUAUUUUUUUAAAUUUCAAUGUUUCUUUCCUGUAAAAAAUACACAAUACUUUUUAAAUAAGCCAUAUAAAUAUUUUCAUAUAUAUACUGUGAUAAUUAUUGUAAAAAAUAAUUGAAUCAAAAAAUAAUCUAAUUUGUUUGACUGUACGGAAACUUUGAGAUAUUACUGGAAAUGUAGUACAAGAUUUCUUCCUCUGUACUAGACAUCACAAAUGCAUUCAUUUAAGAAACCUCAAGGGACCUAAUGUUUUACUAUUGUUAUAAUAAAAAUUGAUUAAUAAAUA